AUGCCAGCUUACCAUUCAACAUUUCCAUACGAUCCAAAUACAGACCGUUUGAUCGGUAAUUUUGUUAUUAUGCCAAUCAAAACCAAAUUCCGUGGUCCUUCAUAUCCAUGCAACUCGGAUUACGACAUAAUCGAUGAAUGUCUCGACCUUUUCCGUCCAAACUCCUUUUUCAAGAACUUCGAGAUUAAAACACCAAGUGACAGACUGUUGAUCUACGGAAUCCUUUUCAUCAAUCAAUGCCUAGCAACUAUCCAACCACACAUGUCCUAUAACGAUGCAGUUAAAGCUUUGGUAAAUCUUUCAUUGAACCAUUUUGUCUUACCCGGCACGCCCGGCUUCCCACUGAAUUCAACCUACCAGGUCCCUAUCGAAGAUCCGCAACAGAUGGCCCUUUUGAAAUCUUAUCUAGCUCAGUUCCGUCAAGAACUCGCCAUGAGAUUAAUCGAACGUGUUUACACUGACCCUAAAUUGGGUGUAGAAGCAGAACAGGACAAGACAAAGAAUUCACCAAGCAAAUAUUGGCUAUCUUUCACAAAGAGAAAAUUCAUGAAUAAAUCCUUAUGA